AUGGUUGGAUUGACCGAACGAGAUUUCUUGGCUCCUGGAGAGGUCGUCGGAGAGGGCGACUCUUAUGUCGGGUACGACUUCCUACCCCCGGAGCUCGCUGAAGCUGCGUUCGAUAACCUCAAGAAGGAGGUCAAGUGGAUAACCAUGAUGCACAGAGGGGGAGAAGUCCCGAGAUUGGUAGCUGUGGAAGGACGUGUCCUUGAAGACGGAAGUUUCCCGAUAUACCGGCACCCUGCAGACGAAUCGCCUCCCUGCCUGCCAUUCUCCCCAACUGUCGAGCGCAUCCGUCAACACGUCGAGGACCUUCUUCAAAAACCCGUCAACCACGUUCUCAUCCAGCACUACCGCAGCGGGUGUGAUUACAUCUCCGAGCAUUCGGACAAGACGAUCGACGUCGUCCGCGGCUCUCAGAUCGUCAACGUUAGCCUGGGCGCGCAGCGCUUCAUGACAUUGCGCACGAAGAAAGACGCUCUCGCGAACCCCAAGGCCGACCUGGAUGCCGCCGCCACAGAAUCCUCCGUGUCGGACAGGCCAAACAAGCGUGGUGUGCAGCGCGUGCCCCUGCCGCACAACUCGAUUUUGGUCAUGGGGCUCCAGACGAACGCGAAGUGGCUGCAUAGCAUCCGCACCGACAAGCGGCCGCUCAAGAUCAAGAGUCCGGCGGAGCAAUUGCAGAAUGGGGAGCGCAUAAGCUUGACAUUCCGUACGAUCGGCACGUUCUUGACCAAGGAUGAAGAGAGGAUAUUUGGACAAGGGGCGAGGGGGAAGACGCGAGAGGAUGCGAGGCCCGUCGUCCGUGGGGGACCGGAGGCUGAGAAGUUAAUCGUGGCGUUUGGGGCAGAGAACCACCAGAGCGACUUCGAUUGGGACGCCAACUAUGGCGAAGGAUCUGAUGUCCUUCAUUUCACGACGCGGGCUUCAUGAUUUGCAUGUGUAUGUGGCAAGGCGUGGUGUCGGACGCACAUGAGAUAUGAAAUCGAUCGCCGAGUCAUAUGGGAAUGUCUCCUUCCUUCAUUGUUCUGUCAGGAGU